AUGUCUCAAGGCAAGAAGCACCUGAAAGGUGCUGUUGUUGAAAUAACUUGCAAGGAUGGUGACAAGAAAAUUGUGAGUUAUGGUACCACUAAGAUCAAUGGCACAUUUAGCAUCACAGUUGAAGGAUUUGAAUAUCUCAAAUAUGGAGCAAAGGCUUGCAAAGCUAAACUCCAAAAUGCUCUAAAGGAUUCGAAGUGUAGAAUUCCUACAAAGCUUCGCUGGGGAAUAAAGGAUGCUCACCUUACAGUAAAGUCAAAGAAUAAAUAUGAAGUUGUACUCUAUGCAAAGCCAUUUGCUUAUGGCUCUAAGACACCUUAUGCAGAAUGCAAAAAGGCCAAGCCUACACCUGCUCCAUACUACUAUAAUUCUCCUCCACCUCCAUCACCGACUUAUGUUUAUAAGUCACCACCUGCUCCAUCACCAAAGUAUGUGUAUAAAUCACCACCUCCCCCAACCCCCACAUAUGUUUAUAAGUCUCCACUACCACCUGCUUACUAUUACAAAUCUCCGCCGCCACCAACUAAGUCUCCACCACCUCAUUAUUAUUACAAGUCUCCACCUUCACCAUCACCAAAACCUACACCAGCAUACUAUUACAAAUCUCCGCCUCCACCAACAAAGUCUCCACCACCUCCUUAUUACUACAAGUCUCCACCUCCACCAUCACCAAAACCUGCACCAAUAUAUUAUUAUAAAUCACCUCCUCCUCCAUCACCAUCUCCCCCUCCACCAUACUACUACAAGUCUCCACCACCAUCAUCACCAUCACCUCUACCAACCUACUACUACAAGUUCCCUCCUCCACCAUCGCUAUCUCCACCCCGUCCAUAUUAUUACAAGUCACCACCACCAUCAUCGCCAUAUCCUCCACCACCUUACUACUAG